AUGGGCUUUCUUAUAACCCCGUUAUUUUCUGCUUUACACUCCGUUGCUCUUCUUGCGGUUAACCUUUUGAUUCAAACCUACGCGAAGGCCAAGUUAACGGACGUCGCCUUCGACCUUUGCCGUUACGUCGAAGAAGAGCGUGGAUUCUCCUCCUCCGUCAGCGUCGUUAGUUUCAACGCGCUGCUUCACGCGCUUCAGAGAUCUGAGAAGUGCGGCGGUUCCGUUUGGGAGGUUUACGAGUUCAUGAUUCGGAGAAGGACUUACCCUAACGUGACGAGUUUGAGAAUAAUGAUUGAUGCGAUUUGCAAGGAAGGUGAAUUGCAGAAGAUUGUUGACACGGUGGAUCGGAUUAUUGUAGGGAAUAAUGAUUGUUCUCGUUCUCGUUUUCUUUCUCCGGCGAUGGUUGUGAAUUGUGGUUUGAUGUUGAGGAUUUUGGGGAAGGGAUGCGUGGCGGAAUCGGAGAACGAUGAUGUGGUGGUUUUGCUGAAGAGGCUGUUACAGAAGAAUUUGCUUCAUGAGAAGGUUGUGUAUUCGCUGGUUGUUCACGCGAAGGUUGUGUUUGGGGAUUUGGAUUAUGCGUGGGGAUUUUAUUUGGAGAUGGUGCAGAGAGGGUUUGAGGGGAAUGCUUUUGUUUACACAUUGUUUAUUGGAGCGUUUUGCAGAGAGGGGAGAGUUGGUGAGGCGAUUGGUUUGUUGCGUGAGAUGCAAGGAAAGGGGUUGAGGCCUUACGGGGAGACGUUCGAGCACAUUGUUGUUGGUUGCGCUGCCGCAGAGGAUUCAGAGCAGUGUGUGAGUUUUUUUGAGGAGAUGGUGAGGGUUGGGUUUGUGCCUGGUUGUAUGGUGUUUAAUAAGGUGGUGGAGAGGCUGUGA